AUGGCGCCGACGAGCACCGGCGCCGGGGAGCACCGCGUCCUCCAGAUGCCGGCGGCCGCUGACGGCGCGGGACAGGGCCAGGUCGUCGUCGUCGUAGGCACGCCGGAGAAGCCGCUCAACUGCUUCGUUCGCUCGGUGGCCGUGAUGGAGAGGGUCGGCAACGCGCUCGGCACGCUGGCCUUCACGUGGGCGACCGUCGUCCUGCUGGGCGGCUGCCCCACGGUGCUCCGCGCAGUCCACGACUUUUGGUUUGCGACGACCAUAGUUUUCCUUGAAGCCGCAAGGCACUACUUCAGGAUGUUCAGCCGCAACAACAAAGUGGAUUACCGACUGUUCUUCCAUACCAGAGUGCUUCUACUCACCAUCAGCCGCCUACGCUUCCAGAAAAUCACCAGGCUGUUGGACCGUGCUCUGGGCAGUAAGCAAGUGUUUUGGCGUCGACUGAUGCUGAACCUGUGCAUGGUCGCUGCCCUGGUGCUGACGGCGACCGUGCAUGAUCACCAAUACUACCGGAGCUUCGUCAUCGCGUACCAAGCAUCAGCGGUAUUUGUCGUGUCAUUUGGCAACCUGCAAAUUCCAGCUGCAGCCAUACGUAUCACGCUCUCACUGCUGCGCCUGGUACAGCAUGACUACGGCGAUGAAGAUGAUCCAAACAAUCCAGCCAAUGCAAACCUCGCGCCAUCUCUGAACAUCUUCUACGUGAUGGUGCUCGGCCAAGGGACACUUUAUGUCAUCGCCUGCACGCUCGAGAUCUUCUCGUUUAUCUCCCGGAGAUCCCUCAUCCGUCGCGGUGGAUUCAGAGGUCAGUGGGCAGUGGAAUCCAUCGACCUGUACUACAGCUAUGCCUUGGAAAAGUGCAUGGAAAGGGAUGUGCUUGCUCCAAAGAAGACCAGCCUCGUCAGGUUUGCCAUGGAUUCCCUAAACUCAGACUCGCCCAAGAUGCAGCUCCAUGGGAUCAGGAUAAUGCACAGCCUCCUGCAGAGGGAGCCGGCCAGGACACGUCUCCUUUCGAAGCUUACCACUUGUGCCAAGACGAUGGCCACAUUGAUCAACAUGCUGGACUGGACAAGCCUGGAGGACACAACCGUCAGGUUAUCUGUGGCAGUGAUCACCGCUGAGAUUGCAAAGAGCCUCAGAGUCGUGACAAUCCCCGGGACAAUUCAGGUAGUGUCUACUCUUUUGGAUGAUGGGAACCAACAGAAAAUUGGAAACCCACUUUUGACUCCCAUCGACAGCCAAGAGGAAAAACAAGACACAGUUUCAGACAAUGGGAACCGACUGGAAACACGAGACCACUCAACCUCAAACGUUAUCAUUGGCACACAAAACACCUGGGUAUCCAGAUGCUGGGAGCGGAUUUAUGAAUUUUGGCCGGUGCCUCAGGAGGAACCAUUGACGGAGCAGGACCUUCUGCCUGCAGUCGGCAUGUCAAUUCUUCACAACCUUGCAAGCUGUGAUCCGGACAACUGUGUGGAAAUAAUUAAAGCAAGUGGCCUCGUUGUGAAAAUCAUAGGAUUUACUAACUACUGCAGAAGUAACACCAUGUAUUCUGACACCCAGCGGAAGGUCUUGGUGAGCUCAUCUCUGAAGGUUCUGUACAGGCUCAUAAGCGUUGAAGGGGAAGUCGGCAUAACGCUGCGGCACAAUGUUUGUAAAAAUCCCUUCCUACUGAGAAACCUUGCAGAAAUCCUCGGAGACAGCAUGAGGAGCCAAGAAUUGAGGAUACUGGUGGCAGGAAUCCUGAGAAACCUUGCCAUUGAUGUGAAAACAAGGCAAGCGAUUGGGCACAUCAAAUUGAUCAUUACAAGGUUGAUGACAGCAUUUGUCACUCCGGAUGGACCCUCAAGUACUGAAUCUGAUUGGUUGCUACGGAAGGUCUCCGGGCAAGCACUAGCAAUACUGGCAAUGGACAGUGUCAAAAACUGCUUGGUUAUGUUAAGGGAAACAAGGCAUGUAUUUGUGAAGGAGCUCACAGCUAUAAUCCAUGUUUAUAGGUACAGGUUUGUGGCAGCUAGUUUGUUGCGGAGUAUGUGCCUGCACGCUCGACCUGAGCUUAAAGAGUCAGACCUGAAGGAAUUAUCUUGGGAAAAGUCUAUUUUUCAACCUCCAACAGUCACGUUAGUGUUGGAAAGAGUAAUGGUAGUAGACGGCGCAGAAUUAGAUAUCCUGAUUUGCCUUAGUUCACAGAUAUGCAAAGCCAUUCCCGAAGACUUCACCCGAGAGAUGGAAGAUGGUCGCAUCAAGGACAGAUUCGUGAAGCGGCUCGUCGAUGCGCUGAACGCAAGCGUAGAACCAAGCCCUUGUUGCCCCGGGAUCAGGAGGGCGAUACUGGAGCAGGCAGUAAUCAUGAUGGAGUAUGACUCCCGUUAUGCAAGCUGCUUCAGUGAUCACGGCAUGGCGGAAGCAGUGUCGUUGGUGGAAGAGACAGCCCUGGAUGCUGAAAACUACACCCUCUUCCUCGGUGAUGUAGGGCUCACCGAGGGUGGUGAACCUCUUUCCUCGGUUGUGGCAAGAGCCAAAGAGCUGUUGGCUGUCCAUUGA